AUGGUGCUCGCUGACGACAACAAGUCCAUGUACCAGCUGUCGAGGCCCGCAGCGUCUCGCAGCGUGUUUGUGCACAAUUCUUGCAAUGGCCUGCUGUGCCUAGGUGACAGCACAGGAGCUGUGGAGGUUCUGAACCCGACGACUGGUGAAUCUUUAAUGUUGCCGAUGCCAAUGUACACGGCAGGGAGCAGCCAGUUCUCAUCCUGUAAUUGGCACUGCUUGGGGUUUUGCCCACAAAAAAGGGAACACAAGGUUGUGCAUUUCUAUCCAGGAGCUCACAUUGACUCGUUCAAGGUACAAUGUGAGAUAUACACAAUUGGAUCUGGUGUCUGGAGACAAGUUGGGAGCUUUCAUGGGGCUCCGACAGACAGAGGGGUGCAUGUUAAUGGGAUGGUGUACUAUCUGACAAAGUUCCGCUACAUCGCUUCAUCACGUAUCAAUUGCUUGAAUCUUGAGAGUGAAAAAUUUGAUGUGUUGAUGCUUCCUCCACGCAAAUCUUAUGGAGGCCAUUGCUCUUUGACAGAGCUUGAGGGAAGGCUAUGCUUGUUGAUUGUGGAUGGUGCACUGGAAGGCCCGCCUCGUACAAUGGACAUCCUGAUGCUCAAUAGCCAUGAUAAGCAGGACUGGACUUCCAGAUACCACUUCUCCUUGCCUUGGUUGAUGCCUUCAUGUUAUUUUACUCCAAAACACACACUCUUCCACGACGGAAAGAUUUGGGUGCAGUUGUUGGCUAGGAGUCUAUACUGUUUUGACCCAAGUUCAAGUUCAGAAGAACUAACGACAGCCUGGCCAGAGCUCGACUUUUCGUUUAGCACACAUACUUUCAUUGAGAGCAUAGUUCCACUGCGUAAAGACUACUACUUCAAGCAGAUACAAUGA